GUCUCGCAGGUCUUUUUUCCCUCGCCAGCUCAACUGUCAACGAGCGCGCCUUUCAAUCGUGCCUCUGGCCACCCGUGUCAGCAUCGCGCUCCGUCACCAUGGUGCCAUGUCCUUCGUUCUAAGAGCUCGAACUUCGCUUUUGACCUAGCCAUUCAUUAGUUACUCGCUCCUUCCCCGAUCGUUAGCGAUUUGCGACGAUUCAUCCCUUCGCGAUUGUGGGCGCAUUCCACAAAUAUUGAAAUCCGCCAUGCGCUUUGCCGCUCACUUCUCCGCCCUAACUGCCGCCGCCACGACAGCACGCGCCGCAAGCGGGGCAGUAUGGGCGACGCCACACGAGAGCUACUCGUCUUCAGUAGGGGUUCUCGGCUGCAAGGUUGACACCAACCGCAUUGCGUACUGGCCGGGCUCCGUGGACUGCAACAACAUUUGCGUUUCGUUGAGUUACGAGGGACGGACCGUUCACCUGCUGCGCAUCGACCAGUCCGAGGGCGCCCACGACGUCAGCUAUGAUGCCUGGAACUACCUGGUCACGGGCUACUCUGCAACCGAGAAGCCGACGACGGGCGGUGCGAUAGCCAUGGAAUACCAGGACGUGGAUGCCUCCGCCUGCGCUGACCUGAUCCACACCUCGGACGGCAAGCUGCCCCUGAGCGCUUCCAACAGCAUGAACUUUCUUGCCAGCUGUCUCGCGCAGGACACGUGGGUCGGCAGAAACUACGCUCUUUACAACAUUCUCGAUCCCAUCUGCAGCUGGGGCUAUGACGAAGUCUGCACCCUGGAUUGGCCUACCGCGAACCAGGCUACGUGCCCGCAUGCGCUGGGCAACCCCGUGGCCUUGACGACGGCACCCGUUUACAACAUUCAGUAUAUGACUGGGCAGAGGAUCCUGGCCUCGUCUGGCCAGGUCGUGUCCAGCGGCGUUACGACCACGAGCUCGACCUUGGAUUUGAAUUUGAGCCAGAACGGCGGCCGCCGCGUGGCGAGGGUGAAUGACGUUACGGUGAUGGCUAUUGGGAUGCUUACAAGUUGGCUUUUUGUUCGGAUAUAGGCACUUGCCAGGUGGCGAUUGGAGAUGUUUGGGAUGGUAUGAUGAUCUUUGGAUACCCAGUACGCGUGGCAAUAUAUGUUUUGAGAUGAUGAGCGAUGUUUGCUCCUCCAUAUUACUGUACACCGUCCAGCCCAGUGGCCACUGAGGCCUGUACGUGCCUUACUCCCUAUUGCUUUUUAUACGUACAUUCUCGCUCUGCCAAAGUACAUACGACCACAGGCAGUAGAAAAUACGGGAUCCCGUCC